UAUAAUUUUUUUUUUAUUAUCUGUACUAUAAUGAUUGAUAUUACAGCCAAAUUAGUAAAUGGAUCGACAUUCUUUACUAGUGAAACUAUUGAAUGUAUGAUUACAUUUAGUUGCCCAAAAAAUAAAUCUCUUGAAAAGGCUCAAAGCAAUGAAAUUUCACAUGAAAAUCUUGCAUGGGCUAGUGCUCAAAUACAUUGCCAAUGUUCAAUAAAUGAAAAAUAUAUAAUUGCUGAUAAAGUGAAAGCAAAUUAUAAACCAACUACAGUGAAUACCAAUACAACAUUUGCUCCAUCAUCUUGUGAUAAUGGACAUGAUGUAUUAAAUACAAAGCCAAAAAUAUUGUUUUGUGAUUUAAAAAUAUUACCAGGAGAAAGUAAAUCUUUUACAUAUAAAGAAAUUAUUCCAAAUAAUUCUCCUCCAUCCUACAGAGGACAAGCUGUUAAGUAUUCAUAUAAGAUAAGUAUAGGUACUCAACGUGUUAAUUCACCAACUAAAUUAUUAAGAAUACCUUUUAGAGUAUUGUCUUUAAAAGAGAUACCUGAUGGACCUAUUUGUAGUGAUGGCGUUGAUUUAAGUCCUAGCAAUCCAUUUUUGGAGACACCAAAGGAAUCUCCUGUUGAACUUGCUAUGCAAUCACUUCAGAAUAUAACAGCUAGGCGUAAUCCAAAUUUUUAUAAUAUAACAAAUGGCCGUGGUAGAGUUGUAAGAUUUUGUCUUUUUAAAAAUUCCUACAAGCUUGGUGAAGAUAUAGUUGGAACUUUUGAUUUUUCAAAUGCUACGGUAUCUUGUACUCAAGUUUCUGUUACUCUUCAGUCAGAAGAGCACAUAGUAGAGGAUUUCAAGAGAGGAAAAGCUCUACCAGCAUUAAGUAGCUUCAAUAAGCAUCAUGAAGUUGUUAUUGGAUUUUUAUGUACUCAUUUAAUGUUGCCAAUUCCCUUUCAUAUAACACCAGAGUUUAGUAGUGAAUUAGUUAAUUUAAAGUGGAAAUUGCAUUUUGAAUUUGUAACAACAAUGAAACCUAUAGAACAUCCAAAUGAAGAGACUCUAAGUUGGCAAGCACCUUCAAGUGUAGAUGUUGAAACAAUGGUUUGGGAUCUGCCAGUACAUAUUUAUUCAACAACAAUCCCACCAAAUAUUACACCUUUAGUGCAAAAUAGUAUAGUUAUGUAAAGAAAUAUUAAUCUAUUUUAUAAUUUGUAUAUAAUUUUCUAAUACAGCAA